CUACAACAAAACUCUAGUAGAACUAAUAGCUUUCGACUAAGAGAGGCCGGGAGGCUCCUGAUAGUGGUUAGACGAGUGAAGAGGUGGUGGAAGCGUGAGUUAGCUGAAGUCGAAAUUCGGGAGGUUGGAUGAAACAGUGUGACGUCAUUGCGAGAUAGCGCCCACUCCGAACGACAAAACAUACCGGGAGCCGACAUACUAUACACGAACCCAUUUAAAACACUAUCGACAAUAUCUUAGCUGGAUAUACGCUUACGCCACGGAAAUGGCACGCACACGCGCUCAAGCCCAAGCUGAGAAGGAAGGCGAGCCCACUAGCAAACCAGCUACUAAAGACCCGAAGCCGACUGCGAAAAAGAGUAAGGAUGGAGGGGCGCCAGCCAAAGGCAAAGCUUUACAAACCAAAGACGGGACUUCGACCAAGGCACCGAAGAAGCGCAGCACAUCUAAAGACGAAAAGGCCAAAAGGCCGGCUCACAAGAAGCAGAAAACAGCUUCGCCAGCGUCCAAGAACUCCGACCGUCCCGCCGCAUCCAAGCCGGCCGGAUCGAAGAUCGACAACCUGAUAGGUGAAUUUGGAUCAGUCCCUCUCUCCGACCUAGGUCUCAAAGAUGCGGAAAAACCAACAGCUGAAACGGUCCUGGCCCACAUCUACAACGCGCUGCUCUCAUCCGGCAGGAUCGGACACAAUAUUGCACACAAGACACUCCAGUGCCUAAUCGAUGAGAACUACCACGACCUUGAGAGCUUGAAGGAGUCGACCUGGGAGAGGCGAACCGAAGUGCUGACGGACGGCGGAUACACGCAUUAUCGCGAGAAGACAGCUACGUUCCUAGGCGAUCUCGCUCAGCUCAUUGAAGACAAGUAUGACGGUGACGCCGCGAAGUUCCUUCCCGGACAAGACGAAGCGAAGACUCCACAAGAAGCACAGAAAGUCUUGGAGAAGAGGUUGAAAGAGAUCAAGGGCUUGGGACCUCUUGGUGUGGAAAUCUUCCUGGGAACCAUCCAGACUGUGUAUCCGGGUGUGGCACCGUACAUUGGUAAGAGGGACAUGGGCGCCGCAAAGGAGAUGGGGCUUGGCACUGUUCAAGGCAUCUGGGAUGCGGUGGGAAAGGAUAACUUGCGCAUGGGCCAGCUGUGCGCUGCGUUGACGAAGGUCAGGUUGGAAGGCAGGACGGCGGGUAUCAAGUAACGCUCUUCCUAGCGAUGCUACACGUGUAUUUUCCACUAGGACGGGCGGGGAAGAUUCGGCGCCAUAAUGGUCUCGGUGCGGUCUCGGAACACUAUCAUUCGCGGUAAACAGGCGCAAGGCGCAAGCACAAGCGGUGAAAUGGAAACCCGACUUCUGCAACUGCACAGACUGAAUAUUUCAGAUACUAACUUAUGGUACAGAGUUACAUGCGAAAGAUCAAAGAAACCGCUCGCU